AUGUGGGCGGCUGCCCCCGGGCGGCUGGUGGCCUGCGGCUUGCUGCUGGCCGCCUUCGGGGCGGCGGGCGGGCAGCGCAGGGCGGGCGAGGGCGCGAUCCGCCGGCGCUCGCACCGCGUGCAGCACGGGCGCUGCAGCUACACCUUCGUGCUGCCCGAGGCCGACCCGCCCCCCUGCCCGCACGCCGCCGAGCCCUUCGGCGCCAACACGCUGCAGCGCGACUCCCCGGCCGGCCCGGCGCUGCGCGGCGACGAGCGCCCGGCGCUGCGCGUCCAGCACCUGGAGCGCGCCUUGGAGAACAACACGCAGUGGCUGCUGAAGCUGGAAAGUUACAUCCAGAUGAAUAUGAAAUCGGAGAUGGUUCACAUCCAGCACAAUGCAGUGCAGAACCAGACGGCCACCAUGCUGGAGAUCGGGACGAACCUCUUGAAUCAAACGGCCGAGCAGACCAGAAAACUCACAGAUGUGGAGGCUCAGGUUCUCAACCAGACCUCCCGCAUCGAGAUUCAGCUCCUGGAGAACUCCCUCUCCACCAACAAGCUGGAGAAGCAGCUGCUGGUGCAGACGAACGAGAUCCACAAGCUGCAGAACCAGAACAGCAUCUUGGAAACACGAGUCCUACAGAUGGAGGCCAAGCACCUGAUGGAGAUGGAGGGCAUCCGACUGGAGAAGGAAGAGCUCCAGCAGCUGGUGAGUCGCCAGAGCGACACCAUCCAGGGGCUGGAGAAGUCCCUGCAUGCCACGAACAGCAACACCAGCCUGAUCCACCAACAGCAGCUGCAGCUCCUGGAGUCGGUCCAGAGUUUAGUCCAGCUGGUCUCCCAAGGCAAAGUUCCUCGGAAGAAAGAAGAUCGGCUUUUCUCAGACUGUGCAGAAAUCCUUCAGUCUGGACUCAACCCCAGUGGGGUUUACACCCUGCAUAUCAACAAUCUGACCGAAUCCAAAAAGGCCUAUUGCGACAUGGAAGUCGACGGAGGCGGCUGGACUGUCAUCCAGAACCGAGUCAAUGGCAGCGUCAGUUUCCAGAAGAACUGGAAGGAGUACAAACAGGGUUUUGGAGAUCCGGCAGGAGAGUAUUGGCUGGGUAACGAGGCAGUCCAUUUCUUGACCAGCCAGGCAGCCUAUUCGUUGAGGGUGGAGCUCCUGGACUGGGAAGGCCAUCGCGUGUACGCCCAGUACGAAAAGUUCCAGCUGGGGAGUGAGUCUCAGAGGUACAGGCUUUUCUGGAAAGGCUACAAGGGCACCGCUGGGGAGCAGAGCGGCUUGGCUCGCCAGGGGACCGGCUUCAGCACAAGAGAUGCCGACAACGACAACUGCCUGUGCAAAUGUGCGCAGAUGCUCUCCGGGGGUUGGUGGUUUGAUGCCUGCGGGCAGUCAAACCUGAACGGCAUCUACUAUCCGGCCAAGCACAAUAUCCGGAAGCUGAACGGGAUCCGGUGGCAUUAUUUCCAAGGACCGGGCUACUCGUUGAAAGGCACGCGGAUGAUGCUCAGGCCUUCCAGUGGCCGCGAAGGGGCAUAGCGGACGCCGUUCCUCUGAGCCAGAGAGCAGCCCUUGGCACGCAUCGGGCGAGCCUCCGGCUCGGACAGAAAGCAACCGUAACCGAACCCGAACCCUGGCCGGCCCUGUGGGGAAGAGGCCCUUGUAAAGGGGGCAGGACUUCUCCCUGGGGCAAGGAUGCAAGCUGCAACCUCCGGUUUCAGAGAACAAAUGAAGCUUUUGGCAGGUCCUUCGAUUCCCCAACCAAAGGAGAAGAA